GGCUAGCGGAUAGCAAAGCCAAACCGAACCAACGCUCUCUCUCAGAAAAAAAAAAAAAAAAAAAACACAUUGAUUCACAGAGGCUGAAACUUUCAUGUCCAUCUUGCCCUCCAAGGAUCUACGUUCUGCGCCGUCUUCUUCCUCCCAGCCUCCUAUUCAAAACCCUAAUUUCAACCAUGGAAUUGCCCAUCAGCAACCAAAUUCACAUCCGCAGCUGCAGCUCGCUCAGUCUCCCCCGAACCAUGUUCAAUCUUUCCAAUAUCUUCAGAUCUCAGACCCCACCUAUAAGAUUUCAGGAACGGUGUCUCAAGACGCAGAUAAUUCUUGUGGAUCUUCCAAAAAGGUGAAUGGAUCAGGGAAAAGAAGUGGUAAGAAACUUGUAGCCAACCAAGCCAAUGGUAGGAACUCUCAUUUUGUGCAAGGAGGGAUUGGAUCUGCUCAAGAAAGUGAGAAACCUUCUGAAACUGUUGUUUCUCCACGUAGUCAAGGGGGUUCUGGUUCUAUGAAUUUUCAAGCAAGCACCACACAUUUAACUGGAAGAAAGACCCAGAUGGUGAAUGGAAACCACUUGCUAAAUUUUCAUUAUGACCCUAUUCCUCGUCCACAGCCAAGAUCUCCUGCUCCAAGAAGACUUCAAAAGAGGAAACCUUACAACAAAGAUUUGUUCCUCCAAGCAAACUAUAAAUUUGUUGUGUUAGACUCCAGAAACUAUUCUCCCAGACUGCUAGAUCCAGAUAAAAUGUUGAGCUGGGAAGAUAUAAUAUGUGUGAAGUUUUCAACCCCAUUUCCUGUACAGUGCCCCAUAUGUUUGGAUGAUCCUCUUUGUCCACAGAUUACGUCUUGUGGUCACAUCUUUUGCUUCCCAUGUAUUCUCCGGUACUUCUCAAUAGGUGAAGAUGAUUAUAAAGAUGAAUGCUGGAAAAAGUGCCCCUUAUGCUUCAUGCUGAUAUCUUCAAAGGAUUUAUACACAAUCUACAUUGAGAAUGUUAAGCGGUACUGUGUUGGUGAAACUGCAGAAUUUUUGCUUUUAACCCGUCAAAAAGAUUCAUUUAGUUUAUAUUUGAAGAACAAACAAGGGAUGGAUGCCAAGGAGGAAGCUCCUAAUCCCUUUUCGAAGUUUACUUUCACAUCUGAUAUAGACGUGUCAGUUAAAAAGGCGAUAUCAGAUCUAGAUAGUUGGUUAGCCAGAGCAGAUUCUGGACUUGUGGAUGACUUGGAGAAACUUCCAUAUGUUUGUGCGGCAAUGGAACAGCUAGAGCUGAGGAGGAAGAAUUGGAAUGCACAGCAGGUGGAUCAUGGCAAUAUGGCUUGUAAACAUAAUGAUUCUCAGAUGGAAUUACAGGGAUCUCAGUCAGCUGCAGAUCAUUUAAAUGCUGGUAAUGAACCCUGUAGUUUUGUAUGGAGAUCAUUUCCUGCCAGUGGCAAUGGUAAAUCAGUAUUGGAGGGAGAUGCAACUCCAGAGAAGUUGGAUGCUGAAUUCAGUAGGGAUCAACAUGUUGAUGUGGUCGGACAAUUUUUUGACCUAGAGGCCACUUUAUCUUCUUCAUAUGAUGAUAAAAAGAGCAUGCAAAGGAAUUUCCAUGGUUUCAGGGUUAGAAAGGAAAAGGAUUCGUUCAAUUUCUAUCAGGCAGUUGAUGGUCAGCACCUCAUCCUUCACCCUUUAAACAUGAAGUGUCUUCUAAACCAUUAUGGGGGCUAUGAUAUGCUUCCUCACAGAAUCAGUGGAAAGAUUUUACAAUUGGAGACGGUGACCCAGUCAGAGGCUAUGAGGAGGCGUUAUCGUUUCUUAAGCCAUUUUUCUUUGACGACAACAUUUCAGCUUUGUGAGAUUGAUCUCAGUGAUUUAUUACCUCCUGAUGCUCUUUCUCCGUUUAUGGAUGAAAUCAAGAAUCGGGAAAAGCAGAGAAAGCGCCUAGCAAGGAAGGUUGUUAUCGCCAGUGGAGCUAUUGAAUACAUAAAGGCCAAUCUGAGAGCUCCUGGACAUGCUUACAGUUGUAGCAGCAGCAAAUGGGAGUGACCAGCAAUAUAGCUUGAGGCCCUCCUUAAUGCAUAUGAAGUGGCCUUGACUGAUGCUUAUUCUUUAAAUGCAUGGCCCAGCCUGUGGAGUGGCAUAUGAAGUGGCCUUGUGGUGCAACUUAUAGAGUGGAGAGUGGAGAUCACAUUAAAAGAUGAUGAUUCCCAUAGUGCUUGAAUAAAAAAUUCCUGCAAUUGGCAGGGUGUGCCUUGAGUGUUCUUGUUAUAGUGGCCAACUUGCUGGGGGCUUGCUUUGAGAGCCCAAAAUUAGUCCAAUUGAGGGACAGGGUACUAUUACUGCUGGUCUGUUUGUGGAGAUAGGCGUGUAAUUGGAGAUAAUCAUAGAAUCAUGCUCUAUCUGUGAGAAAGAGCUCAUGGAGCUACUCACAUGCCUCACAUGGAGCACACCAUUGGCACUUGAUUACUAAAGAGUGGUACAAGUGCCCAAAAAAACAUGCCUGUAUCCUAACCAUUUAUAACAAUCCCAAGUCUUAAUCCCACUAAGUGGGAAUCGCUACAUGAAUUUUAGACUUCAAGCCAUCUCCGUCUAUGUCUAUACCCUCUCUAAUUCAUUAUAUUCUUUGUCAUGUAUAAGGUUUUCUUACCAAGUUCUCUAUGGUCUUCCUUCUUCCUUUUUGCUAUAAAUUUUAUCCAUUUGUCUUGUAAGUGUUUUUAUCAGUCUUCUUUUCAUGCAUUCAAACCAGUUUAAUCGCGAUUAUCAAAUUCUCUUUUCCAUUGAUGCCAAUCUAUCCUUAUUAUAUAUUAUCUUGUUUCUUAUUUUUAUCUCUAUAUUGUAUGACCGUACAUCCAUUGUAAUAUUUUAAUCUCAAUUAUACUCAUAUUUUGCAAAUGUUGGUACUUAUUUACCUAACAUUUUGAACUUGUUCAUUGGAUCACUUAUUUGAAAUGCCUUCAGUGAGAAAACUGUAAAAGAGGGGUUCCUAUGCUGAACUCAGGCAACCAAGCCUCCUUUUCUGGUUUUGAGCAUAUUAUUAUGCUGUUUAAUUCCUGCUCUUUCAUUGCUUCUUGCUUUGCAUAAUUCACACUGAUGAGACUAGAGAGGUCUAUUGGGAGUGGUCAUUUUGUGUUAUAUUUUGUUAUUCCCACUAUGAAUACGAGAAUGUUGCAUUGCAUAUGGGAAAUGUAGUUGUGCAUGUUUGUUGGUGCUUGGAAUAGGCAGUUGGUCGCAAUAUUGUAUGUAUUGUUUGUGGUUCUAGUUAGUCUUUUCACAUAUAGAUUUCCAACACUACUAUUUUUUACAGGAACGAGAAGAAAAAAUGAGGGCUGAAGUUGCUGUGACACAUUUUGCAUCCAUGUCAUGUAAU